UGUCCUUAGCUGCGUAGUUGUUUGACGGCAGUAUUAUGAUACAAUAUGUGAUAGGCUUCUUUCAUUUAUUUACAGGUCUUCCUGGAAUAGUGGCGAGAAAUACGAUGUUGGCUUCCCUAUCUGACUCUGUAGUUCUGCCUUUGGUGGCUAGAAUUGUACAAACAACUGGUGCUGCUGUGAAUGCCUCCAUUUCUGAAGGUGCUGAUUUUCUUAUAUAUGGUUCUGAUAGCGGAGAUCAUGUUAAUGUAGCAGUGGAUUCCUUAUUCAAGAAUGCGAAGAUACCUGUUUUUGCGAUGUAUUCUUCUCACGAUGAGGCUGAAAGAGUAACUAGCGCGUCACAAUUUCUUAAGUUAGGUGCUGCUGGUUUGGUGGUUUCACUGGAAGAUUUGAGGUUUUUUAGCGAUGAUGUUCUAAGCCAGGUGUUCGAUGCUGCAUACUCGACUUUGAGUCAUAAAACACAGGAUGAAGCUGAAAGGUCCAGUGAGGGGCAGACGUUCAAUUUGGAUAUUGACAUGCAGUUAGGAAAGCGGUUGGCUGGCUUUAUUAAGUUGGAGGAUAGAGAAAAACAGCUCAUUGAAGCCGAGAGAUUACUACUACUUGAGGCUUUAGAUGUCAUUAAGAAAGCUGCUCCACUGAUGGAGGAGAUUUCACUUCUCACUGAUGCAAUUUCUCGGAUUGAUGAGCCAUUUUUACUGGUCAUAGCGGGUGAAUUUAACUCUGGUAAAUCAACAGUCAUCAAUGCACUUCUUGGGAAAAGAUAUCUCAAAGAGGGUGUUGUUCCAACAACUAAUGAAAUCACUUUCCUAUGCUAUUCUGAGUUGGAAUCUGGAGAGCAGCAACGUUGUGAAAGGCAUCCAGAUGGUCAAUAUAUCUGUUAUAUUCCUGCUCCAAUUCUCAAAGAUGUGAGCCAUUUUAACAUGAUUAAUUCUCUUGCUCUUGAAUUUCUUUAUGACCUCUGAAAAAUAUUAGUUUAU